AUGGGCACCUUCGACAAUAAGACAUUUCGCUCCAAGCGACAACAGGCAGAAUACGAACGCUCUUUCAUAGGCCGCUAUCAAGCCCUAAUCAAGAAGAACUCAUUUUUGUAUCUCGGUCUUCCGAUGAUGUUGUCUGUGGCCUUUGGUUCGGUGAUUCUCUCCAAAUUUACGGCAUUGCGUUACGAGCAAAGGGAUGAGAAAGUGAAAGAACUUGACGAGCAACAAGCACUUGACCUUGCCACUAAAAAGCGGAAAGUUGAUAUUAAAGAAGAAUACUACAAACUUCAAGGCCUUCUGGAUGAGCACGAGAAUUGGGAACCCAAGAGAGUCGAAAGACUUCCUGGGGAAUCUGAAAAUGUGUUUUGA